GCGCGAGCAUCGGCGAGCCGUUUCAUCUCGCCAGCUAUGGCAUAACUCAGCGCUUGAAGAAAUCGAAGAGCCUUCGUAACAAUGCACCCAACGUUUCCGUGUCGCACGAAAAGUUCGCCUCCGGAAGCUCAGACGGAUACGUUACAGUGACCGCGCAGGGAGAUGGCGUGCACAUUCUGGAUCUUGGGACCCUUCACUCCGUCGCAUCGCAUUCUCUUGGUCCCUCGACCAGUUUUUCCUGCCCCUCCAUCUCUAUCGCAGUAGUUGAAGGCGAGGAGAAGUAUUGCGCGACUUAUUCCGGGAUCUCCUCCGGUUCAGACGUCCCAUUUGAAAAGUCAUCCCGGACGAUUUGGUCCUGGCGUGCCAACCUCUCGAAUCCUCUAUCUGAGAGAGCCUCUGAGAAGAGGCAGGCAUUCAUAUCACACGACAUCUCCCAAAUGUACACACUACCUGGAGCUCCGCCACGCAUCCUAGCGUUGUCCCCAGCCGGUCACGCUACCGUCCUUGACACCGAGCUCAAUAUCCCAAAUUCCAUUUCGCCCUCGACGGAAGUCCAAAUUCUGCGCUCAUUCCCAUUCUAUGAUAAAGACGCGAGUCUCCUACGCGGCCUGUCUAUCAGUACAGUUAUCGUUCUUCUGGAGCAGUCGGACGCCGGGAUGGCUGUUCGAGUUUUGUCUGUUUCGGAGGCCGGAAAACUCAAUGAUCUAGGGGAUACUCCCAUUUCUAUACCAUCCUCAAUGAUGAAUAGGACAUCCUGGAUGCUUCUUGUAGCUCUUCAGGAUAUCUGAGCAUCAUAGUACAGGAUGGCUCCUGGUACUCCUUUCGAAUUGAAAUACAGUCAUCUGGCCCGCAAAUAAUCCCUAUAACGCGACCAAUGCGCCUAAAAUCUCUGUCAUUUGUCGAUACAGCCGUCAAGGGAUCCUUGGACGGCGAAAUCUCCAUCAUUGCUCUGAACACUUCCCUCGUGCUCCUUGCUGCAAUUACGACAUCGCCGUCUCGCAAUGUAGUCCUCAUGCUAUGGGAUCUACAAUUCUCCGUCCUCCUGUCAUCACAAGUGUUGUCGAUCCCUUCGGCACUUUCCACGCUUCCCAAACUAUACAUCUCGCUGCGACCAACUCAAAUGUCAUCCCACGCUAUUCUCGUGGUUUCACCACCCCCAUCUGCCGAAGUCUCGAAAUCGGCGCGCAGCACGAUCUAUGCCAUCCCACUCGUUGUGCCUAAAAUGUCCACGAUCAGUAUGGCUAUGGGGCGUGCCUCGGCGGGUUCUCAGUGGACAGUUCAAGACAACGAGGACGAGGAGCCGACGUCAGGAAAGGGUAAAAUACUCCAGCAAGUUCGUGAAUCCCUGUCCAAGAACGAUAUCAAAGCAGCAGAGCAAGCAUUCUUUGACUGGGAGGCAGCUCAGACAAAAACUCAAGAGUCCACAGUGGAAUUUGGCCAUACACUAGUACGCGAUCUUUUGCUGGUAGCUCUCCAGCCCACGAAGGCAAAUUCCGCCUACCCGUCGCGCAUUGUUCAUUCUCUGUUGCGCCAGCGAGUUGUCAGUGCCGGGAUGAUCGAAGAAGCGCAGAUUCUAUCAUUUGGUUUACCUUCCAUGCAGGCUGCCAUGAUUCUCUGUAUGGACCACGUCACCGACCUCGAGGAGUCCGACUUGGUGUCAACGCUCCAAUCUGUGACGGAAUCCUCUCGCCAAUCGCAGGGCUCAGAUGCAAUGCAAGUGGACUCCGCGACGCCUUCGCUCUCCGCUUUUUUGCGCUCCUGCGUGACUUACAGAUGCUCCCCUGCCGCACUGCGCACAGCCCUCAAUCGGCACCUGAAGCAGCCCGAUGACGUGGUCCUACUUUUGGAGACAUUGGACGGGUGGCUCGGGAGUCGGAAAGGCGCCGAAGUUGUUGCCCUCCCGUCUCGCAAGUCUGUGCGCAAGAACGAAGAUGGGGUGUCUGUCCUCCAGCAGGGCGCAAAAGACCUCGAGCUUCCAUUGCCGAAAAUCCUUUCCUUCGCGCAGACCCUUAUCGACGCGACGUUCUUGACCCUGCUCCAACACACUGCUGCUCAUGCAAUCCUGCGCCGGCUACUUGCCCAUAUUGAGCCUGAGAUCAGCUUGACCGAACAGGUCGAUAGUCUUCGUGGACCUCUGGGUGUCUUUGCUCAAGCCCAGGCCAAGGCGCGGCGGCGUGCUGCCUUCGAUCGCGCCGAAAUGGCCGUCGGUAUAUACCAAGUCGAGGAGAUUGUCUUAUGA